AGGCAUACUUAUCGGACUCUGGGAAGGCGUCGUACUCUCGCACUUCCUCUCAAAACACACCCGCUCUCGAUCGAGGUCAAAAGACCCAUACCUCGCCCUUGCUACGCGCGUAGCAAUUGACAUUUACUUAUCACAAUCACUUUCUCGCUUUGCCCUCACAUGCGCAUGGACGCUAGUCGGGCUCCUCCUUGCAGACGUCGCUCCCGGGAUAUGGCGCGAUACAGGUUUGAAGAGUGUCUAUAAGACACUUAGGAAGGAAGUGAAAUCCAUAAUGAAGACCAUGCCGCGAUGGAAGGUCAAGAAUGACUUCCGGGUACCGAAGAUUUCCAUCAAAUAUCCCGUGCGAAGCUUGUUUAGACGUGCUCCACCAUCAUCUGUUGUUUCGAGUACCCGCGCUGCACCUUCCGCUUCACCCUCCCAACAAAUACACAAAAGACGCAUGCCACUCGGGACGCACUCUGGCCGUCCUGCCCUUUCCGAAACGAAUUCUGAGCUCAGUCGCGUCCGCGAAGUCGUCCCAGGUCCAUCCCCAGCAUUCAUAUCAACCGCCGUCGAUCCUGCAUGUCUUCCACCUGUCGACCUGCACUCUCAACAUAUUUCACACCUCUCCGAUGCUGGGCCUUCGAGACACGAUCCUAUAAUUAUCCAAGAUGACAGCUGGGUGCACGUUAGUGUAUCUACACAUUCUCCAGAACAAGAGGAGGACCCAGAGCUAAGUGUACUCGACAUUCCUCCACUUACAUCUGAAAGCCAAAUGAUCACCGCAAAUAUCGAAGUUGUUUCUCCUACACCUCGCAUGCAUGUCAAUGCCCUCCCUAAAAUCACUGCUCAUCAAGUGCCACUGCCAGAAUCACGGCCGGCAUCCGUCAUGGGCAGCGUCCUCUCCCUAUUUGGCGCGAAGAAUAUAAUGAGCCGCGUGCGAAGCGACAAGACUACCUCGGACGUGGGAAUCGAUGCCACUCAACAUCAGGCAAGCACGGCUGAGUGGGAGCGUCCAAUUUCCAGACAAGGACAGCCUCAGCCCAGCGCAGUGACAGGACACCGCCGCGUGGGUUCAGGCCCUGGACCCUCAAUGCUCAGGCAUGCAGACGACGAUGACGACGACGACGACGACGACGACGAAUCGGUGGUGGGUUCAGUGGUAGGGAAAGGCGCAAGAACUGAGCCGAUCUUCGGCGGUAGGUCAGAGUCUCUGUUGGGUACUGGUACUACAGGAGGAGCAGCUUUCGGGGGCGGACUUUCUGCCGAGGUAAUUGCACCCGAAGCUUUUGUGGGUGGGUUUGCAGUGGAAUGUACCGGGAAUGAGUUUGCCAUCCACUCAGACAUUGCGUCUCAAAACCCACCCGUGCACCUCUCUCAAACACCCACCCUUCCUGACGCUCUAACUACGAGGUCUACGAUUACCGAUCCCAAACCUCUCGACGGGGUUCAAGCAUCGAACACUGAUGGUAUCACGGGCACCAACAUCAACACCACCGCCGACAAUCCCCUCCUGAACACCAUCCCCGAUGCAGACGACCCUGGCAGCAACCAUAAUCCUGCUCUUACCGCCACUCAAAAACAAGACAGACCAGGAAGGAAGAAAAGAGGACCUAAGAAUGCUAUACAGCCAGCCAUCCAGAACGCCACACCCGGUGCACCUGAGACUACCCCCCAAGACCAGCAGAGCUCGGCCCGUGCUCAGACACCAGGUCCUGACACUCAAAACCCUGCAGGCUCUGCAUCAGACCCCCUUCCCACUCCAGAUGGUCCAACGCAAGAUGCGGCUGUUCCUGUGCAGCGUACGACGGAGAUAGACACAAAUACAACAAAGCAUGGGCACAUCCGUGGGAUGCAAGGACCCGACUUCCCUGACAGCAGCCCUAAUUCGCCGCCACCUCCCUUCAAGGAGGUAGGGACGCCUAUUGAGCCGACCCUUCUUACCCCAGAGCAGACCGAGCGCGAAUCCCUACGCGGGGAAUUCUUGAUGCGGGAGCUGAAGCAGUUGGAGGUGCUUAUCUCGAAAGCGGAGAGUGGGACAGGGCGGGGAAGUCCAAGUGCAUUGAGUGUGGAGAGGUUAAAUGGGCUUAAGGAGAGGCUUGAGAUGGUCAGAGAGAGAGUCGAGAGGAGGGUUUAUGAAGGUGCUUCUUUGAUUUGAAUCCUUUUGGUUUUGGGCACGGUGCUGAAUCUUCCACUUUCUCUUACCAUGCACAGACCUCUCUGGCGAACUUGAAACCCCACCCCAACUCACCCUUUCAGGUAUCGACGGCCCGUCAGCCGUUGACCUUGUACAUACCGCCAUUGUAGAUCUGCUCCUGGAAACACCUCAUGCAGAGCCAUUAGCGGUCGUUGGAUAUAUCAACAAGCAGAAGAAGGGAGGCGGAAAGGUAGG